AAACAGCAGAAAGCAAGAAUCUGAAUAACUUUCACACAUUACAGCUGCUUACGAAUCUUUUGGGGAUCUUCAACUCUCUGGUUCAUUUGUGGAAUACUUUUCACAGAGGUCUGGACUGACUAAAAUCUUUUUCCUGCUGAAAAAGAAAAUGGCACUCAGACAAGACUCAGAUAAAGAACCACGAAUCGAGCUCUUCAUAAAAGCGGGUCAUGACGGAGAGAAUGUGGGGAACUGUCCCUUCUGCCAGAGACUCUUCAUGGUUCUUUGGCUGAAAGGAGUGAAGUUCACAGUAACCACUGUUGACAUGAGGAAGAAGCCAGAAGAGCUAAAAGACUUAGCUCCAGGUACCAACCCUCCUUUCCUCCUGUACAAUGGCACGCUGAAGACCGACUUCAUUAAGAUCGAAGAGUUCCUGGAGACCACCCUCGCCCCUCCCCGCUAUCCUCAUCUCAGUCCCCGCUACAAAGAGUCUUUUGAUGUUGGCGCUGACAUUUUUGCCAAGUUCUCCGCGUUCAUCAAGAACAACCCAAACAAUGCUUUCCACGAAAAAGCCUUAUUGAGGGAGUUUAAGCGCCUGGAUGACUAUCUGAACACUCCGCUUCAGGAUGAGCUGGAUCAAAACAUCAGCGAAUCCAAAAGAAAGUUCCUUGAUGGCAACCGCUUGACACUGGCAGACUGCAACUUGUUACCAAAGCUGCACGUCAUCAAGGUUGCUGCCAAAAAGUACUGUAAUUUUGAGAUUCCUGCUCAGUUCACUGGAGUGUGGCGUUACCUGCAGAAUGCAUAUGAGAGAGAAGAGUUCAGCCAGACCUGUCCAGCUGACAUUGAAAUUGAGAAAGUCUAUCUGAGUGUGGCCAAGAGGAACUGAGCUUCAGAUUAAUGAAGCAAUAUUGUGAUUAAAAUGUUUAAAUAGUGUAAAUAAAACUAAAUAAAAGGUUUAUAGCCAUCUACAUAGUUGUAGUUCACAGGUAUAGAAAUCUAUUACAG